AUGCCGGCGGUCGGCGGCGGUGUUGGGAUGGCUAUGCCGUGGAAGGUCAACCUGAAAACCUACGACAUCGAGGUCACAGCGAUCAUCCACCGCGACACCGUGGUCUUGGGACUCUCCUGUGCGCAGCUGGGAAAGUCACGCCGAGGUGCCACUCAACCAUCGAAGCUGCCCCGUGAGCAGCGGCCGUGGCACCUCUCUGAUGCGAGGCAUCUGCGCUUCUCCACGGCGCGCUUGCUGCUAGAAUUGGCAGAAGUAUCUGCUGGAGAUCGGUUGCUGGACCUUUGCGGCGGCAUGGGUACCAUUGCGCUCGAGGCCGCUUGCUGCUUUCCUGACCUUCGGGCAACGUCUGCGGAUGUGAGCCAGAGGGCCUGCCAGCGUGCCGAGGCCAAUGUGGCCGCCGCCCGCUCCCUGGGGCUCCUUGGGCUUGGCUCAUCGGUGGAAGUCUUAGUGAGGGGAGUGUCGGGGUGGACGCGGUCAUCGCAAGAAUUCGACGUGGUGGUCUCAGAGCUUCCUUUCGGCGUAAGCAUUUCGAUACUGGACUCCAAUGUGCUUCUCACUGCACUCCAGCGCGUGGUCCGCCCGGGUGGUCGGGUGGUGCUCAUUGCACCGUGCUCCGAAUCGCCAAGCAUCGAAGAGCACACGCUCAGCGACACUUGGUGCGAGUACCGACGAUGCGAUGGAAACGUGGGUGGCACUUCUGUGCACAUCCUGUACUUCCGGCGCGCGGAUCGUGCAAUACCUGGAAAAGCAACAGCCGCCCUGUCAAGCUGCAUAGCACUUUUCCAACACACAUUCAACGCGACAGCCGCAAGGAAUCACGGAGAGCUGCAGGGCUGUCAGGGGAAGCUGUAG